AUGAAGCUUCAGACGCUAGUACUUUUGGCUUCAUCAGUUGCCGCCUGGUCACCUUCUGGAGGCUAUGCGCCUGGCCAAAUUGACUGUCCAAGCGGCAGUUUCGUGAGGUCUGCUAAUAAUAUCUCUGAAAGUGAAGCCGAGUGGAUCGAAGAAAGACAUAAGGUCACCGACACAAACUUGAAGUUGUUCUUAGAAGGGGCCGGCUUGGAGAACUUUAACGCCGAACUGUUCUUGUCCAACACCACCGAUGGAAGGUCGCUCUCCAUUGGAAUAGCAUUUUCUGGUGGUGGAUAUCGUGCCAUGUUGAGUGGUGCGGGCCAAAUCGCUGCUUUGGACAAUAGAACAACCAAUGCCUCCAAUUCCGGCUUGGGUGGCUUGCUACAGUCUGCUACAUAUUUGUCUGGAUUGUCUGGAGGUAACUGGUUGGUGGGAAGUGUGGUUUUGAACAAUUGGACAUCUGUCGAAGAUAUCUUGAAUGACGGCUCCAUUUGGGACUUGGAGCAUUCGAUUGUCAACUACGGAGGCUGGAAUCCUAUCAAAGCAUAUAACUAUUAUGAUGGUAUUUGGGACGAUCUUAGCGAUAAAAAGGAUGCUGGCUUCGAGCUUUCCCUUACUGAUACUUGGGGUCGAGCACUCUCCCACCAAUUCUUCCCUGAGCUGAUUAACUUCGGAAAUUCUCUUCUUUGGUCUCAGAUUAGAGACUUGGACGCAUUUACUAGCCACGAAAUGCCUUUCCCCAUUGUGGUGGCCAACGGCAGAACGCCAGGGACUUUCAUCCUUUCCGGAAAUUCCACCGUUUUCGAGUUCAAUGCUUACGAGAUGGGCUCGUGGGAUCCAUCUUUGUACUCAUUCACAGAUGUGAAGUACUUGGGUACUCAGGUCAAGAACGGAAAGCCCGUCAAUGGAACAUGUAUUGGCGGUUUUGAUAAUGCAGGUUUUGUCAUGGGUACAUCCUCAUCUUUGUUUAACCAAUUUGUGUUACAGAUCAAUACCACCUCCUUGUCGAGUACAUUGAAGAGUAUUAUUACAAGCAUGUUGGAUUCUGUUUCCCACGACGAGGACGAUAUUGCAGUCUACAAGCCUAAUCCAUUCAAGAGUGCCGAAGGGGCUUUCGUGCAGACCAUUGUCAACAACGACACUUUGUAUUUGGUGGAUGGUGGUGAAGAUUUGCAGAACAUACCAUUGUAUCCGUUGAUUCAAAAAGAAAGAAACAUCGACGUUAUUUUCGCCUACGACAAUUCAGCAGAUACUAACGAGUCGUGGCCUAACGGAACAGCCAUGAUCGCAUCCUACGAAAGACAGUUUUUGAGUCAAGGAAACGGAACCAUCUUCCCAUAUGUUCCAAGUAGCGCUACGUUCCGUAACUUGAACCUCACAGCUAAACCAGCAUUCUUUGGCUGCGAUGCUUCAAACCUUACUUCAUUACUUCCUGAUGGGGCAGAUGAGAAGGAAGUCUACGACAGUCCUUUGAUUGUCUACACUGCCAAUAGGCCAUUCACAUACUACUCUAACACCUCGACCUUCAAACUCUCCUACGAUGAAAGUGAGAAGAGGGGAAUGAUCAAGAAUGGUUUUGAGGUUGCCUCGAGACUCAACCAUUCCUUGGACAGCGAUUGGAAGGCUUGUGUUGCAUGCGCUAUUAUUAGAAGAGAGCAGGAAAGACAGGGUGUUGAACAGAGUGACCAGUGUAAACGUUGUUUCCAGGAAUACUGUUGGACAGGUGGUAUCAAUAAUGAUACGCCAGGCAUCAACUUCACCACAACGGGGACUACAAACGGCGACCAGGACAACGGUAACCGUACAGUCAGUGCCGGAUUCUCACUCAUCCGUGCUGCAGGUGGUUAUGAGGUGGUGAAGGUGUUUGGAUAUGCCUUGGUGGUGAUUAUCGCUUGCACCAUUUCACUUUAG